GAAGAGGCGUCACUGCGUGCUCUGGAGAGCCUAAUGACGGAGUUCUUUCACAGCUGCACAACCAAUGAACGAAAACGGGAAAUAGAAGAGUUGCUGAAUAACUUUGCGCAGCAGACUGGAGCGUGGCGCCAUUGCUUGUUCUUCCUCUCCAAUACCCGGAAUGAGUAUGUCAUGAUGUACAGUCUCACAGUAUUUGAAAACCUAGUGAACAAGAUGUGGAUCGGUGUUGCAUCACAAGACAAAAUGGAGAUUCGCAGCUGUUUGCCCAAACUCUUACUUGAACACCACAAAUCUGUGCCCUAUUUCAUCCGUAAUAAACUCUGCAAAGUCAUUGUGGACAUUGGGCGCCAGGACUGGCCAAUGUUCUACCAUGAUUUCUUUACAAACACACUCCAGUUGAUCCAGUCCCCAGCUCUGGCACAGUUAGGAUUGGUAAUGCUGAAAACCACAUCUGAGGAACUCGCGUGUCCUCGUGAAGACUUGAGUGUUGCUAGGAAAGACGAACUGCGUAAACUGCUGCAGGACCAGGUACCGACAAUGCUUGGACUCUUGACAGGAAUCCUGGAAACAUACUGGGACAAGCACAGCAUCUUCGCAUCCACCCCACCACCCUCACCCACAUCAGGAGAAAGUGUGGAACUUCUGGGCACGCUUUUCCAGGGCAGUCAGUACUCAAAGCUUCUCUGCCAGCCCAUGGCAGCAUUAGACAACGAGAGUCAGCAACUCUGUUGUCUUGUACUGGAAUGCUUGGCCCACCUGUUCAGCUGGAUUCCGUUGUCCACUAGCAUCACACCCACUCUGCUGGCAUCCAUCUUUCACUUUGCACGAUUUGGCUGUGACCUCAAUGCCGGGACAAUGCCACCUACAUCAAAUGGUGGAGGACGACAGACUGAGUGCAGCAAAGUUGAUCGUUCCCGACUCGGUGUACUCGCCAUGACAUGUGUCAACGAACUGGUGUCAAAGAACUGUGUGCCGAUGGAUUUUGAGGAGUACCUGUUGAGAAUGUUCCAGCAGACCUUCUUUCUUCUGCAGAGGCUCACUCGCGAGAAUAAUGCUCAUACAGUCAAGAGUCGGCUCCAGGAACUUGACGAGAGUUACUUGGAAAAGUUCACAGAUUUCCUACGCCUGUUUGUCAGUGUUCACUUGAGGCGGAUUGAAUCCAGUCCUCAGUUUCCAAUCGUAGAGUUUCUUGCGCUGCUUUUCAAGUACACCUUUAACCAGCCUACCCACGAGGGCUACUUUGCAUGUUUGGAUAUAUGGAGCGUGUUUUUGGAUUUUCUUACAACCAAAAUCAAAAGCAGACUAGCUGACAGAGAAAUUGUUCUCAACAGAUACAAAGAUGCUUUAGUCCUUUUGCUAAGAGAAGUUCUGAAUCGAGUGCAGUUUCGAUACAAUCAGGUUCAAUUGGAAGAACUGGAUGAUGAAACGCUGGAUGAUGAUCAACAGACUGAAUGGCAAAAGUACCUACGUCAGAGUCUGGAGGUUGUUGCCAAGGUGAUGGAGUUGCUCCCUUCACAUGCAUUCUCUACAUUGUUUCCCAUUCUUCAAGAAAACCUGGAUGUGUACUUGGGUCUGCAGCAGUUCAUUGUCACCACUGGCACAAGUCGUAGGCUAAAUAUUACAGCUGAGAAUGAUUGUCGCCGGCUUCAUUGCUCUCUCAGAGACCUCAGCUCCCUUCUACAAGCUGUCGGGCGCUUGGCUGAACAUUUCAUUGGAGAGAUUUUUGCCUCACGUUUUAAUGAUGCCCUUGCAGUUGUUGAGAGGCUCGUAGAAAUGACUGUCUAUGGUUCUCGGACUAGCUUGUAUGACCUGGAAACCGCAGUGCCUUCUGUACUCAAACCAGACCUUAUUGAUGUACAUGCACAGGCCCUUGCAGCUUUGCAAGCCUACUCUCAUUGGCUUGCACAGUUCUACAGUGAGGUCCACAAUCAAAACCAGAGCCAGUUUGUCAAUCUCAUAACAUCUGCAGUUGAUGCCAGUAGCCCCCUUAUCACUGCAAAGGUACCAGAAAAGUUACUGCUGUGUGCGUGCCACCUGAUGGUUUCAAUCACCUUCACCGUGCGACCUGUGUUUAUGGUCACUUUGCCUGCUGUUCAGAACAUCUUCAACCUCGUUACUCAGAAUGUAACUCGCAGGCUCCCCCUCGAGGCUCACUUGCUUGUAUGUCGGACUUUAUCCAACAUGCUACUGCUCCCAUGGCCAAAUUUACCAGAGAGCGAGCAGCAAUGGCAGACACGGUCCAGCAACCACGCCAGCAUGCUGGUGGCCCUCACUCGGGAAUAUCGUAUGUUAAGAGGCACAGUGAACAUAUCUCCCCGACGACCGGAAAUGCAUGAUUUGAAAGCAGUGAUUCAGCAGACCUUACCUGUCCUCAGAGACAUCGUGGAGAGCAUAUCUGGAGAGUCCACUAAAUCACGUCAGAUCUGUUAUCAGAGUUUGCAGGAGUCAGUCCAAGUGUCCCUCACCCUUUUUCCUAUCUUUAUUCAGCAGCCAGAUGUCACGGAUGAGAUGUUGGCCUUCUUCUUGACGUUGUUUCAGGCGCUGCGAGUACAGAUGGGUGUUGCCUUCACUGGACAGAUCCUCCACACAUUCCUCAGCUUGUUCACCAGGGAACAGCUGGCAGCCAGUAUUUUGCAGGAGGGCAGCGCAGGAUGCCGAGUGGUACAAAAGUUCUUGAAAAUUCUGCAGGUGGUGGUACAAGAACCUGGUCAGGCCUUUAAACCGUUUCUACCCAGCAUUCUCUCCCUUUGCAUGGAGCAAGUUUACCCUGUUGUGGCAGAGCGGUCUUCCCCUGAUGUCAAAGCAGAAAUGUUUGAGCUGCUAUACCAAAUACUUCACCAAAACUGGAGGUACUUCUUUAAAACUUCUAUUCUAACAAGUGUCCAAAGAGGAGCCCCUGAAGACGCCAUGGAGAACGAGACCCAGUUCAUAGCUGCCAUGCAAGCUUUUGGUCAGUCUUUCCUGCAGCCUGACAUCCACAUCUUCAAGCAAAAUCUCUCCUAUUUAGAAUCCCUCAACAGCAAGCACAAGUUGUAUCACAGAAAGCUUUUCCGGACCUCGAUGCUGUUCCACUUCAUCAACGUCCUGCUGCAGGUCCUCCUCCACAAGAGUCACGACCUUCUCCAGGAAGAAAUAACCUUGGCCAUUUACAACAUGGCCUCUGUGGACUUUGAUGCCUUUUACUCAGCCUUCAUGCCAGAGUUCCUCAACAGCUGCCAGGGUGUGGACACCAACCAGCGAGCCGUCCUCGCACGCAACUUUAAGAUAGAGCGGGACUUGCCUUCCUUCACUCAAAGCGUUCAACGGCUGGUGAACGACCUUCGCUACUACAGGCUGUGCAACAGCAGCUUACCCACUGGCACCAUCAAGCUAUAG